GGAAGCAGCGACUAGAGCUCGUUCUUCGUGUUUUUCCGUACACAACUCGCAUGUGGGGUUCAGAGAGCAACCACUUUAAAGUCAUAUCUUAGUCUUGGGCGAUGUUCAGUGUCGCAGUUAAUUGAACCGAGCUGCCCGUGAAGGUUGUACACAACAAGCAGCACCAUCCAAGCAACAACAAUGAGUGACGAAGAAAAGUACAUAAUCUUUGGUGGAGAACGAACCACGGAUUUUACAAAAAUCGUCGGAUCCCUUGGGGAGCUUCUUCUCUUCCAAUUGAACAAUAAUGGUGACAAAGUUGGGAUUAUAGACGGGCUGACGGGAAAGGAGACAACUUACAGAGAAAUUAAAGAGAAAGCCCUUCAUUUGGCUGAAUUUUUCCGUCAGAAUGGUGUUAAGGCUGGCGAUGUUAUUGGAAUUUGCAGUGAAAAUCGCAUAGAAUUUCCCUUUACCGUGUUUGGUGCUCUCCUCAUGGGGGCCACGGUAACAACACUCAAUCUCCUCUACACUGAACGUGAAAUGAUCCACACACUUCAACUGACGAGACCUAAAGUUAUUUUUGGAACUGAACUCGCCGUAGAAAGGCUAAUUGAUGUUACGAAAAAAUGUCCAUUCGUUGAGAAAAUUAUUCAGUAUGGCGACACGGAGAUCGUUAAGGGAGUGCUGCUCUUUCAGGACAUCCUCAAGGAUGGCAGGUAUGCCAAGCCUGAAGAUGAGUUUGUAAAUCCACCAGAAAACCUCGACCGUAGUGCUUUGAUAAUGAUGUCAUCGGGAACAACGGGGCUGCCCAAAGGAGUUCAAAUUACCGAAAGGAAUAUCCUGGCAACGUUAGGGCAAUCAGUAGAUGCACGAAGUAAACUCUAUUCAGAGGAUAUGGAGCUGAUCAUCUUGAGCAUCAUUCCGUGGUUCCACGUUUACGGUCUAAUGACCCUUAUUUCAUCAUCAAUCGGUGGUAUCGUCUUGAUCCUGUUACCACGAUUUGAGGAGCACUUAUUCCUUAGUUCAAUUGAAAAGUACAAAGCCACUCAUGCCUUUAUGGUGCCACCAUUGAUGGUUUUCCUAGCCAAGCAUCCGUUAGUUGAUAAAUAUGACUUGAGCAGCCUUCAGGAAUUAUUCUGCGGAGCUGCACCGCUUAGCAAGGAAGUGGAAGAUGCUGUGAAGGCCAGGAUUCCCAAUAUAAAGGGAAUAAGACAAGGAUUUGGUUUAUCCGAAACAACCCUCAGUGUUUUGUCAACAAGUGGAGAAACAACGAAACCAGGAAGUGUUGGAACUGUCGUUAUUGGGACUUAUUGCAAAGUUGUUGAUCCUGAAACAGGGAAGAUCUUGGGGCCAAAUCAACCAGGAGAACUCUGCUUCAAAGGACCACAAAUUAUGCGAGGAUACAUUGGGAAUGAUGCUGCUACGAAGGAUACAAUGGAUAAGGACGGAUGGCUCCAUACAGGAGACGUUGGAUACUACGACGAGGAUAAAUUCUUCUUCAUUGUUGAUCGUCUAAAGGAACUCAUCAAGUACAAAGGCUUCCAAGUUCCUCCUGCUGAGUUAGAAGCUCUCCUUGUGGCCCAUCCAAAGGUCCUUGAUGCUGCUGUUAUUGGACUUCCAGAUGAUGCUGCCGGAGAACUUCCUCUGGCCUUUGUUGUCAAGAAACCCAACACUGAUGUUUCAGAGAAGGAAAUUAAGGACUACAUCGCCAGCAAGGUUACCAACUACAAACAACUACGCGGUGGUGUACGCUUCAUUGAUGAAAUACCAAAGAAUCCAAGUGGGAAAAUCCUUAGACGAGAAUUGCGACUCCUUAUCAAGAAGCCACAAUCGAAGCUAUAAAAGCAAUUUGCCAAUCAUACUAAAUUUCUAACUGAUAAGGUGAUUGUAGUCAUUUUUUAUGCCAAUUUUUCAGGUGAUUGUUAUGUAAAGAGAAAUAAUUAUAUUAAAGAGCGGAAUAAGAUUA